AUGAAUCACCAUCCUUCCUCAACUGAUCUUUUAGUGGAAGUAGAAAGGUUAAGGCAAUCAGAAGCUAAUUUGUCUGCACAAAUUCGUAAAAUGACAGAAGAACAUAAUUAUGACAACAAAAGAUUAAAGGAUAAAAUUAAUUCUCUAUUAAAUUGUGUUAAUGAAGGUAAACUUCUUCAGGAACAAGUUACAUAUUUACAAAAUAGUAUUUUAACAGCAGAAAAAGAAAAAAAUGAAGCUUUAUUAAAGAUGGAAAGUGCAAUAUCCAUGUCAACUAAACAAGACACUGAAUUAAAAAAUCUUCAAGAAAAAUAUUCUUCAUUAUUAGAAACAAAAACAGAACUUGAAAAUCAACUAAAAGUAUGGAUUGAUAAAUGUUGUUCUAUUUCAAUGGAAAGUAGUUCUACAAAAGAAAUAAAUGAUAAAAAAAAAGUUAUAUCUAAUGGUGAUGUAAAUAUAAAUGAUCUUAAAGUUAAGCUUGAUUAUGAAAAACAAAAAGUUGUUGAAUUAGAGAAUGAAUUAAAACGAAAAAAUGCUGACAUUGCUUAUAAAGAACAAAGAAUUAGUCAAAUUCUUGGUCACAUUGAUUUAUUAGAAGGAGAGAAAAGGACUUUUAUGAUAGAAAAAGAAAGAUUUACACGUAAUGUUAAAUUAGAAGAAUUAGAAAAUUUACAAAGUUUAGUAAAUGAGAAAACAACUCAAUGCAAUCAGCUUACAAAUGCUUUUUAUGAAUUACAAGAACAAUACAAAAUUUUUGAUACUAAAUAUCGUGAACUUGGAGCAAUAAAUCAAAAAUAUAAGGAAACAAUUCAAAAUCAAUAUAUUGAAAUCAACCAACAAUUUAAUAAGAUUACUGAAUACAAUAAUAAAGUGAAAGAACUUGAAGAUAAAAUUAAGGAAAAGAAUAAAGAAAUAGAAGAAAUAAAUAAUACAUUUAAAAUAUUUCAGGAUAUAAAAACACUUCCAAAUGCAUAUAAUUUAUUAGAUGAAAUAGAAGAUAAAAUAAAUAAGUUAUCACAAUUAUUGGGUGUUAGAGAAAAUGAGAAUGAGCUUGAAAAAGAAUUUGAAAAUAACAAUAUUUCAAAUGGAGAAGAAAAUAUAAUCACAACAAAUGGUAAUAGUAAUGAAAUACCAUCUGAAUUUCAAAAUACACCAAAAACAAUUGUGGAAAUGAUAAGAAAUAACAAAACAGGUAAAAUAAAUAAAAACACAAUUAAUGAAAUACCAUCUGAUGAUCAAAAAAGCAAAGUAUUAAAAUUAGAAAAGGAAGUAGAAAAUUUAUUAGAAAAAUUAUUAGAAUCCGAAAAUAAAAAUAUUUCAUUAGAGAAAUCACUUGAAAAAAUACGUACCUCAACAAAUAUAUAUGAGGAAAUUUAUAAUGAUUCUUUGGAAGCAAAUGAAGCAAAGCAAAUAUAUGAUAUAAAUUCUUCGCAAAUAAAUAAUUAUGAAGAGAUAAAAAAACCAUCACAUAUACCUUCAUAUAUAUGGGAAAAAAUUAAUCUUGACAAAAAUUUGUGCCUUUUUUUGAAACAUCAACAAGAAAAAUUAGAACAUCUUGAGACAGAGAAUGACUCAAUGCAUGAAGUUUAUCAAUUAUUUUUUAGAAAAUUACGUGAUGAUCUUCAAACAAAAAUUGAUAAUGGUAAAAAAAUUGGUGGUGAUGAUAUUAUUGCAGAAAUUUUACAAAAUAAUAUUGUUUCAAAAACAAAUAGUUCAGAAAAAGAUGAUUCUCUAUUACAAAAAGAGGAUCAACAAAAUGAAAAAAUAAAUAGUAUUAAUGAUUCUUAUCUUGGAACAGGAAAAAUCAUUGAAUUAUAA